AUUCAGCAAUGUAGUAGGCCAGAUAAGCAAAGCCAGUCAGUGGUAAAUCAGAGUCAUAAAUCAUGCCAGUGCAAAGGUCAAGUAAAUAGGAACACCGAGAAGUGCUAAUAAUCUCCAAGUAGGAGAGCAAAAUGCAACAAAGCUGCACAGAAGCAGCUGUGAGAUGUCAGGUGUCUGAUUAGGUCAAUGCCUUAUAUUUAAUCAUUUCUGGGAUCCUUGUUUCUGUCUUCUGCAUUCACCAAAGGCUAGGGGGGUGCCUUCUGUAUCUUCUGUGUCUGCCAGCUCCUGCUGAGGAUCUGGAUCUCCCACUGUCUCAGUCUUCAGCUUCUUGGACUCAGAGACCCACAUUAUCAAGAGUUAUAGAUUUCUGGCAAUCUUCCUCCUCUUCCUCCUCAUCUAAACCAUCCAGAGGGCAGUCCUGGGCUCUUUUCUCUUCUGCAUCCCCAUCACCAUUGCCAUGGAGCCAAACAGUCCCAAAAAGAUACAGUUUGCUGUGCCGUUAUUUCAAAGUCAAAUAGAUCCUGAAGCAGCUGAACAGAUCAGGAAAAGAAGGCCUACACCAGCAUCAUUAGUAAUUAUGACGGAUUCACCACCAGAAAUAGAUGAAAAAAGAAUGAACAACAACUCCCAAGAUGAUUCACAGAAUGCCUCCCCCAAACAGAGGAAGCAGAGCGUCUAUACCCCUCCUGCCAUGAAAGGGAUUAAACAUCUAAAAAAGCAGAAUGACUCAGCAUUCCCAGAGGAAGAUGAAGUGGUCAAUGAAAGAGACGAGGGAUGGAGCCCAUAACUGACUCCAGGCAUCUGUGGAAGAGCCUUUAUUGUCACUAACUGAACUGCUAAAAAUUCUGUACUUACAAUGGAACUCUGUUGCUUAUGUUCCUGACCAGUCUUCAUCUCAGUAUCCAGCUCAGAGGACGGAUUCCAUGGGGGGAAUUUGUAGCACCUUGCAGAAUUGGUGUAUGUUACCUUGUAACUGAAGAUAACCAUUUCUUUUAUAAUCAUUUUACUUGUGGAGGAAAAAAAAACACGCUACUACAAAUAUAUAAUUUGCAAAUACGUUGAGGCCUCUGUUGUUAGUCCUGCCAAAGUUUAAAUUUUGAAUGUGAGCUGCAGUCUAAGAUCAGUUGUAAAUAAGACAGAUUUAAAUGCUACAAAAUAAAUAUGCCAUACGUUUAAAAAAA